CGAGGCCGCCAGGAUGACGCGCCAGAAGGCGCCGGCCGAGGGCUCGGAGCGGCCCUGAGGAGCCGCCGGGCACGGCGGGGACCGGCCCGAUGGCCGGAGCGGGGCUGCUGCCCUCCCUGCCCACGCUGACUGUGCUCGUUCCCCUCCUGUCCCUGGCAGGCCUCUUCUACUCGGCCAGCGUCGACGAGAGCUUCCCCCAGGGCUGCACCAGCACGACCAGCCUGUGUUUCUACAGCCUCCUCCUUCCUGUUACAGUGCCAGUUUAUGUGUUCUUUCACCUGUGGACCUGGAUGGGGAUUAAGCUUUUUAGGCACAACUAGUGUGAUGCCUUUGCUAACCCCUGGGCUUCUCUAAAUCAACAUAAUUUGUUUAAUCUCAUUAACAUCUCAAGUAUUGCAGUUCAUUUGAGAGAGUUUCCUUCUGGCACUAGUGACUGGCUUCAUUUUCCUGGUAGGAUCUGGAACUCUAUGAAGCAGCAGCCCAUUGUUAACUACUGCUAAUGCAGAUGAAGAGUAAGAGUAAUAAGAAGCACUAAUUCCCUCUGUUUUAUCCCUUCAAGAGUGCUGUGCAUUUGUAGUGGCACUAGUUAAAAGUUUAGUUUUCAUGAGGAAAAACUGUACCCUGACUGAAUAAACAAAAUUAAAACUAAAACAUGCAAUGAUAUGAACCUCUCUUUGAGAGCUCUGGGGGUUUUUUAACCAGAUGUGUGUAUUGAAAUAUGUUGGUCUCAGUGUCAGAAGAGCAAAAAUUAAAUCAGGCUGGUGUUUACUAACAAAACUCGAGUCAAAUGAAGACAUUUCUUUCUUGGCUGAUACCCAAUGUAUGUCCAGUACCUGCAGAUCUUUUCUUUCUAGGGCCACGAUGAAAGUGCCAUGUGCCAAGUAUUGUCUGAAAAACUUUCUAAUAGGACACAGCUAUGAAGGGGGCAGGCCAGUGCUACAAUGAAGGUUUCUUUUUUAUGUUUUUCUUUUGGGUAGCUUGUAUCUGCAACACAAAACACAUUCAUGUCCUUUAACUACUGAAAAAAUGCAGAAAUCAAGCACCAAGUUGUAAAUGCUGCACCAGGCUGUAAAUGCUGUGGGAUACUAAGAGUGCAGUUCUAUUUUUCAGGCUGCUGCUGGGUAAAUAAUAUUGGGAUGCACAGUGUGAAAGGCAGUGCUCACAAGAGGUGUGCCCAAAGGCUGACUUGAGCUAAGGGCAGCUGUUUGUCAGUGCUUGUGCAGUCACUGGAGACUCGAGAUCCAGAGGACAGUACAGAGCACACCCUCACUGCCUCUGUAAAUAAAUGCCUCUCUCAGCUGGUGCAGUGAGGAAGCAGGAAGGCAAGGUAGCUCUGGGAGCCACUGUGAAUCUUCUCCUAAGUAAAUGGGAAAGAAAAGCUUUGGCAGCUCUGGUUGGCAAGAAAGCUCACUUGGAAAGCACCAGAACUGGGUUACAGGGCACCAAGGUCCGUGGUUCCUGUGGCACAGGCGUGGUGCCAGACUUUGUGUUGGUGACAGGUGGGGCACGUGGUCCCUGAGCUGAACUCUGCUCUGGGCAGGUGGCCUGUUCCAUGUCAGCCAGCUGAUGGCUUUUGCAGGGCAGGGCAAGGCAACAUCACAAUUCCUGCGGGAAACGCAACUGCCACAAUGUUUGAAUCGGUGAGGAAGGCACAGGUUAAAGGUACGUGGAGACAGCAGCAUUGUAAUCAGAUGCUCGUCUCUCUGGCCAGCACUAUCCUUCCUUUCCCUUCAGAGAGCAUCUCCAUGAGAGAAGUGUCAUUGUGUGGUUGUGUUGCUUGCUGACCCCUCAGGCUGGUUCCCCAGACACUGAGGUUUUAAUGUAUUAGUAUAAAGUCUCAAAAGUCAGUCUAGCAGCAAUAGUACUGGACUUUGACAACUGAGCAAAUUCUAUUCCAUUACCCAAAGCAACCUCACAGUAAAUAGCACUGCCACUUGCCUUUGACUUACACCAAGGAAGCUGCCUGGAAUAAGGAUGUAAAAUACUGCCUUCCAGAUUUACUCUACACUAUCUGUGGUAUAAUAAUUUGAUGAGCAGUUAUUUUGUUGUAUCCUCAGAGGAUACUGAAACCCUUCUAACAAUAUCCAGUAACACUGAAAAUCAAGGAACACUGCAGCAAGAUAC